AUGGCUGCUUGUUUGUCAUGUUCUGCCGAACUUCUAACUUCAUACAAGUUUUGCCCACGUUGUGGACAGAGCCAAAAAAGCAAUGAUGGCGCUGGAACAAGUAAGCUUACACCAACUCCUACUACGAAACGAUCCAGUAAUAAAACGUUAGGAUACAAACAGUUUAAGGAGCUGAAGGGUGAGAAACCAGCGACAUAUUUUAGACGUGAGAAGAAGAAUAGAAAUGCUGAAUGUUUAGACGAGAAAGUUACUGUGAAUGUUGGUUUCAUGAAAUACGAUGGCGUGGAUAUGAAAGGACAGAGAGGUAAAUCGUUGCCUCUAACCAUAGCAAAGUCUAGUGAUAGGAAAGAACUUAUGGAUGCGGCCUUCGGUAAAUUAAAAGCUCACAACAUGGCGGAAAUUAAAUCUAUUGGAGACUAUGAACUUUUGUACUCCGAUGCAACAGUUGUCGAGAAGCUUCGAGAAUCUGACGAACCAUUUGUACUUCACAAGUAUAAGAAAGAGUAUGGGAAACCCUACAGUCGCAUUACAUUUUACCUAUCGUUGAAAACAGAUUUGAUCAACUAUAAACUUACUUCUUUGAAAAAAGGAAUUUAUAGUUCACCCUCGUGCGAGAGUCAAGAUGAGAGUGAUUCAGAAGGAAGUCAAUCCAAGAAAUUGAAGACAGAACCGAAACGUCGCAAACCAUCAAUGGUUAAGACCCAGAAACCAGUUAUUCAAGUUGUUGAUUCUAGUCCAGUUAGCACUUCAUCCAACACAGAGCUAGAGCAGACAGAGUCAAAACAGACUGAGCAAAUUGAGACGGAUGCUGCCAUUGCCUUGGCAUUGCAAAUGGAGAAUGUCGACAAUACUUAUGCUGCACUUUUCACUAUUGAUGAUCAACUAGAGGAACUGUCCACCAAUGAAGAGACAUGUUCUGAUGAUGCAGUAGAAAUGUCUACAUCUGGCAAGGAUGAUGCUCAAACUCCCACAAUUGAAGCAGUGGUAACAGAAUUAGCUCAGCAAGUAGAUUUUAGUAAUAUUACUAAGUUUAAUGUUGUCCGUACCCAUCUUUUUGACAGUGCAAAACGGGCCUUAAACCGUAAAAAAUUUGAUCCAUGCCAUAAAGUCUCUGUGAAGUUUAUGGAUGAUGUAGGCUCAUCAGAGGGGGCUGUUGAUUUGGGGGGCCCUAAGCGUGAAUUUUUUACCUUGUUAUUACACAGUUUAUUGUAUGAGUCCCCAUUAUUUUUUGGUCAUGACAAUUCAAGAUAUAUUUCUUUAAACCAAAAAUCAUUUGAGGAAGAAGAGUAUAGGUUAACAGGUAUGCUCAUUGCACUUUCACUUGUACAUGGAGGUCCAGUCCCUCACUGCCUAUCAAACCUCCUUUUUCAAGCAUUAGUUGGUGGGGUUCAGGGGGUAAAACCCACAGUUGCAGAUAUGGAAAAUAUACAUGAUGCAACAAAAGAUGUCAUACUCUCUCUCAAUGAUGUUACACCAGAAAAUGUAAAUACAUUUAUUGACAGUAAUGAAAGACUGUCAACAGUUGUAGAUCUUGCAGGGGCAUGGAAACCAGUAAAAACCUCUGAAGAUAAGUUAAGCAUAACCAAUAGCUUAAUAAAAUGGUUCCUGGUAAGUAGAAGUCAGUGUGCAAUCCUGCAAUUUCAGAAAGGCCUUGAAAUUUUGGGAGUAUUAGAUAAAAUGAGGCAAUUUCCAGGUGUGUUCAGGCAACUGAUGUGCUACUCCCCAAACAGGCUCACUGUUGAGUGUUUUGAAGCUAAAUUAAGUUAUGAUAGAAGUGAAAUGGGUUCUAACUCUUUUCAAGUAGAGAAUGCAGUAUUGGGCUUCUGGGGUGACUUCUUAGUGGAUGCUAGUGAGGGUGAAUGCCAACUUGAGCUCAAAGAUGUACUAAUGUUUAUCAGUGGAUGUUUAGAAUUCCCUCCCCUUGGUCUGGAAAUAACAGUAAAGUUCUUGCAUGGGGAAAGGGGAUGUAAGUUUCCCAAAGCCAACACUUGUGCCUGUGAGCUAAGUUUACCAAUUCAACACACCACAUAUGCCUCUUUUAAAGAUGAUAUGACAUUUGCCAUCUUAAAUUCCAAAGGAUUUGGACAAACUUAA